ACGUCAGGAGAGAAUGCUUCUAGAAUGGCCAUAGAGCCCGAAAAACUCACAGCAACCCAGUAAUUCCGGCCAUGAAAGCCUUCGACAACACAUAGCUUAUGAAGGCAUUACAACAUGAACAAGCAACCAUGAAUUUAUAUAGGCACCGCCACUUUCCCUCCAAACCGUCCACAUUAACAAUGGCAAGCGAGGAACCUUUUGGCGCCAUUGACGUCAGGGCGAGGAGGGAGGCUCGUUGGGUCCCCCUGGGGGAGAAGAGCGGUAUAUAAAUUAAAUAAAUAAAUAAAAAAUAAAUAUUCAUGAGCGGGGCGAGGCCAAGCGUUCUGAAGAAGGGAGGGAAGCAGAAAGGCGGGAACUUUUAAACCAUGUAUUUAAAGGGCACUAAGCUUAACUCAAGGGAACUCUUACUGAGGGGAACAAAAAUCCUGUGGUGGCUGAAUUCCCGAACUGCUCUCUGGAAUCCAUAAUGAGCCAGAUGAAGGGCAAGAGAAAGAAGUCAAGUCUACCCAAAAAUGAGUUCUUGACGACUAGAUUUACGGGCCGAAAAAGAAGGAUGACAUCUUCUCUAAGAACUGACUAUACCUUAAUUCCUAACCAGAGAUAUCGACGUAGCUAUCGUAAUUCCAGCAAAUUCAGCAAUACUCAAGACACAGAUUCUUCAUCUCAGUCAACCCUUGGGAAUUUCAAAACACUUCCUUUAGAAAUAUUUCACAUAGUUUUACAGUAUCUGCCAGUGAAGGAUAUCAGCAUGCUAAGCAUGGUAUCAAAGACUAUCAGCAACCGCCUUAUUAAUUACAUCUCAACUCCUACAGGAAACAAAAGGCUUUUGGUGCAGAACUUUCAUAAUUCUGAACUCUCUGUCUGCCGGAUGGGAUUCUCCAUUCUAGAGCACUACAGAUGCUUAGGCCUGUUGCUUAAAAGGUGUACCUUUCUGCUUCCUACAAAGGAGAGGCUGAAAUACAUACAAAAGAUAUUUGCAGAAGUUUCCUGUUUUAAGCUUAAUGGUUGCAUGGAUCCUUUGCAUUGUUCUGGACUACUGUGUUAUGGGGUGUUUUUACAGACCUUAACAGCUGGCUGGGAUGAAUUAGAAUGUCAUCGGGUUUACAAUUUCCUUUGUGAUAUUAGCAAUUUAUCCCGCAGAGUACAGACAGUUGUCAGCAGCAAACCUGGAAGUGCACGAAAGUUGGAGCUGAGGAUAAGGAUAUUUUGCCGGAAUGUUCUUCUGAACCAUUGGAUCCAUAAGGGCGAUUCUGCAUUUUGGCUGUCACGUAUUUUGAAGCCAUGGCCAAUGGUAAAUCAAGCCCGACUACUCUAUAUAAUAUUUGGGCCUGCCUGUACUCUGGAUGGACAUGUCAUUUGGCAUAAAAUGAUUGAUGGACCAACUGAUGAAACAAAUUUGAAAGGACUGGCAGAUGCUAUUAAACUACUUUAUGACAUAGAAGCAAAAGAGUGGACAGCAGAUGACGUCAUAAGUCUGGUGGAUGAACUUUCAGUAGUUCCUCGGGAAUGGCUUCUGGAGAACAGUGCCCGGCUUCUUAUCUUAUGUGGAAACAAUAUCUGCUUCACUUUUAUGGCUAGCAAAGCUGUGAAUGGCCGAGCUAUUGAACUGGCAAGAUUAGUGGUUUUCCUGGCUUUGGUGUGUGAGAAAGACCUCUAUUGCAUGGACUGGGCUGUAAAAAUGAUGCAGAAAGUCUGCAAGGUUUUCAGUUCUCCAGGCGAAAGAAACAACUUCUUGCAAAGUGUAGAGAAUACUUUCGCACAGAUUAUCAUGGACGCAUUACAGUCAGUGAUAUCGGGUAAGAAACACAGAAGUAAAAUUGCUCAUUGCUUUCAUCUCAUUUUCUUAAAGAUGUCAGUUUGCCUUGAUGCUGCUUCUACAUGCAAGUGCUAUUUAUUCUCUGUCAUCGAAUGAGACGUUCUAACUAACAGAUGCUGGAAAUAGUUUAAUUGAAUACAUCAAGUCCCAAAAGAUUUCAACCAAAUAUCUUUCCCCGGGGCUUUAAAUUCUUCCUUUGAAUGCUCAAAAAGUACUAAUACCUCCAACACCUUUGAGCAUGUGCUCUGUUCCAUUAAAAUAUUUCCUGCAUUUAAGGCAGAGCAAAACUAGAUAAACUUAAAAUGUAUAAUUCCACAUCUCCCCUCCCCCCUUUCCUUUUCUGUGUGUGUUGGCGGGGGGGGGGGGGAGUAAAUAUCAACCAAAGGGACGAGGAUUAAGAUUAGAACUACCACAAAUUACAGACAGUAGUUUAAUUAUUUCUCUUUAUGCCAUGGUCUUGAUUAAUAUCCCCCCCCCCAAAAAGCAGCUGCAUACCCUCCAACAUUUUACUGAUGAAAACACCAGUAUGCAGUCAUGAUGGCAAAUUGUUAAUUAGGAAGGUCACACAAACGAUGAGAGGCUGCAACAGUUUGCUUUUGCCCAAGCCUAAAUAGAAGGGCAAGGUUCUACCCUUCUUCUUCUUUCCUUUCUACUAAGUUAACUGAAUUAAUUGGCACUUUGAACCUAGGUUGCAGCAAUUCAUGUAAGGUUAUGACAAAGGAGCAAAGAAGAAAAACAUGGGCAUUAAAAGCAAUUGAAAAAGUGGGAUGACAGGGUCAGUCGGGACUGAUCCUGACAAAUUGCAACAGUUGUAGUACUAUUGAGAAAUAAAAGCUUCUGGGGGAUUAUAUUAAUGGGGGCUGUAUGAUAAAAGCUUUAAAAAUAGCUCCUUAUCUGAAAUUAUCCUAAUCUUGACCUCUCCUGUCUCAUUCCCCAUCUACUAUUUUACUUUUUGAAAAUCCAGAAAUUCAAACAAGCAUUUGUGUAGUGUAUACCUUCAGAUAAUUUACUCAUCCCCUCCUGCCCUUUUACUUCUCAUAUUUAUGAUUGAAUCUUUUCCUUAUUAAAUUUCUUACCUUCUAUAUUAUUUAUAAAGCAAACUCAUAAUACAAAAAUAUUAUAUCCAGGAUCCCAAUGGAAAUGGAUCCCUAUUACAAAUGAAAGACAGACUAGUUAUAAAUGGCUAUGAGCAUGUAUAGCACAGCUAUUGGCUUUCCACUUGUUUACAAAAAUUUAACCAAUACAGUCAAUACAUAACAGAAUCAGAAGAUAAAGGAAACAAUGAAGAUUAAAUGCUUAACAAAUUAAAGCUAUUAAGAUGCUGCCGAGAACCCGUAGCAUUGUCAAACUUAAUUAUGAAUGGCAAUACCCAUCCCAACCUACUUUCACAGUCUAGCACUGGAGCAUUUCUGAUUGGAGCCCUGAAAAGUGGCAUCUUCAAUGUUCCAAAGUCUGGAAAGGGCCCUCAAGGCCCUGUCAUAAAUGCUUGUCCCAAGGUACCACACAAACAAAAGGGUGGACAGUAUUUCAGAGCUUUCUGAUCUCCAGCUUCUCAAAAUCUCUUUGGUUUGACAUGCUGCCAGGUUGUGACAGUCAAGUUUUGAGGUCACAUAGAAUUGGUCAUUUCGCGAAUCCUCAGCAAUUAAGAUAUCAAAGGUCUAUCUUAUGAUAUCUUAACUGUUGGACAGGAAGCCUGCCCUUUAAUUUUAUGACAGGACUAUUUUGAGGGUGUCAAACUCAUUUUCAUCAAGGGCUACAUCAGCCUUAUGGUUACCUUCAAGGGGCCAUUACAUUCAUGGCCAAAAAAUACAUGGAUACAGUGGAUCAACUAUAUAUAUUUUUUAAUUUAGCAGUCAGUUCUCAGAUGUUAUUGUAAUGACACCUCCCAUUGCUUUUGAUUAUCCAUCAUGUGGACUGGGGAUAAUGGGAACUGUAACUCAAUAGCACUGGUGGCUCUGAGGUUAGGGAAAGAUUUAAGAACAUUUUCAAGUCAGACAUCAUAUCCACAAGCCUUGUAUCUAAAUUGAAACCUCACUCUCCUGACUAAACAGAACAAAGCUUUCAGAGGUUAAUGUAUCACAACUCCCAUCAGCUCUAGUCAUGAUGUCCAAUGAUGAGAAAUACAAGAUUUGUAGUCCAACCUCUGGAGGACCACAUAAAAUGACACAAAGGGCCACAUUUGUGUUUGAUACGUGUGGACUACUUUCAAUUUUUUGAGUGAGGCAGAGCAUGAGCAGAAACCACUUAUUUCCACAUUUGAAAAGGAACGUGCUUCUUUUAACCUGUUACUUAUUUUUGCUUAGGGGUGCAUGAAGAGGAGGAUAGCAGCUUUUUAAAUCUAUUCCAUCUUGUGAAUGCACAAGCAAAUUUUCACAAAGAAAUCCUCUAUCUAACCAUGGACAACAGCUUGUGAAAAUAUUUGGAGUUCGGAAAGUAACUGUCCAUCAGCAGUUAAACUCCUUUGCUAUUAUUUUUCAUCUUUCUCUUUUGGUGUCAGUACUCUUGCCUGCUUUCCAAAUUGACAUUUGACACAUCAGGUUAAGAGCUAUUAUACUUUUAUGCACAUUGAAAACUCAAAAUGGCUGCAAAAUAUAUUUCUGGCUUUAAAUUAAUGCUCAGUUACAACUUUUCUGUAAUUCUCAGUGAAGUUGGAAUUAUAUAUUUAAUGCUAAAAAUAUGCUGAGAUCAAUGUUUUAAUUGUAAAUAAGCAAUAUUACCUAAAAUGUUUCUAUUUAUAUAACAUUGCAUUAAACAAAAAUAAUGAGUACACAUUAAA